UGAUGAUGGUGUAACAGUGGAUAUAAUAGCGACGGACGUGUUUAAUGAGACAUAUCAAAGCGGCAAUAUUGGAUACUUCGGUCCGAGUUCUAACCACACCAUCUUUUCUUUCCUUUCAUCGAGCUUUUCCAGAAUUUCCAUGCUUUACGUGCCUGUCCAAUCGACUUACGGCAUCGAUAACAACCAACUUGACAACAACUUGCGGACACAAGAUCCAAGUUCAGUCGAUGCAUUUGAAAACCGAUCACUACCAAAGUCUGUUAAUGAAAUACACUCUCUACCGACAAAGGCAGAUGGGUUACGUCUCCUGAACCGGUUUUUCUCCACCAUAGGUGUGCUUUUGCCCUACGUCAGCCGGGCUGAUUUACUUGAGAAAUACGAAAAAGGCAGGAACAGUAAUCCACCGCGGUUUACUCGGGUGUUGCUGGUCUUGCUGAAUGUUGUAUGGGCUCACGCAUUGGCUUCCCUGCACAACGGUCGAGCAGAAGUCUUCUAUCACCGUGCUAUGGCACUCUUGAACCCACAGACGCUGCAAGGAUCAAGCUAUGACCUAGUUCGAUCGCUUCUUCUAAUUGUCUUGUUCCAGCAAAAUCAUCAACGUUCUGUAUCAAGCUACACAACACAUUAUCUGUCCGUUAAGGCUGCUCUUCAGAUUGGGCUUUGUGCUCCAUGCGUGGAUAGUCACACGUCUGACGAGCGAAUAGCACGUAAGUUAUUAUGGGCGGGAAUAGUGAGCAACGACAGCCUUUUAAGCUUGACGCAAGGACGACCGUCGAUCGCUUUGGAAGCACGGUCAGAUUCCGAAUGGAAUCUGGCCUUGAGAGCGGAAACGAAUCUGGGUUGUAGGUACUUUAGCCAUUUUGCGUCAUUGAACAUCAUCCUCGUAAACGCUAUCGGUGUGCUUUAUGGCAGCAACGCUGGAGGACGGCGUAGCCAUGAUCCCCAAGAACUCAUAUGUGAAAGGCUCCGUCUCUUCUGUGAACUCGAACAAUGGCGUGACGACGCCGCCUGCUUUGGAGGGAUCGUAUCACACUCUACGCUGCUAGCUGGGUCUUUUCCAGCCACACAUGAUCUCCUCGCAAUCCAAGUAGUUAUUUCCGUCUGCUACUAUCGAUUAUGUAUGGUCCUCAACUUUCCUCUCCUAGCGUCAUAUUUGGAAUGCAUCCUAGAUGGCGAAAGGAAGGACUGGAAAUCCGGUCUUCUAAGACAAAACAUUUGUCAAGUCAUACAAAAUGAUUGGACAGCUAUUACGGAGGUUCGUGGGACUAUCCAGAGUAUCCACAAGUUCAGCAAUGAGUUUAUCAACACGUACGCUGCACGCUACAUGUGCAAUUACACUAUAUUCACGGCAACUCUACACCUCUUUGGAAUUCUCCUAAUAUACAAGCAGGACCUCCAUAUUUCCCCCGGUAUCUCAGUUCAACAAAUCCGCCAUGAACUUCAAGAGUGUCUUUCGGUCAUGGGAAUCUUCGAGCGGACCAGCUUGAUGACUCGGAAGGCACGAAGUUGCAUCUAUCGGCUGUUAUUCACCUUCGAUAGUCUUGGAGAUAAGUCUAUAUCCAUUCCAAGCGCGCCUACGGAUCAAGAAACAGAGAGAUUUAUCCUGGAACAUACAGGACAGUCUAUUAACGAACUUUUGGGGCAGUGGAGUCAGGAUGAGGUACUUGAUUCAGAUAUGUCAUUCUUCGAGAUAUACUCCAGUAUUCCAUUAGGCGAGUAGUUAUCUUUCAGCCAACAUUUGUGUGAAGGAGUGGAUCCAGUACUUACAUGACUCGAGCUCUGCUCUCCUUUCUUAACUUCACUCAAGCACAUGUACCACCCUUGGACCUCCCCCCGUACCGGUCAUGGGAC